GCCUUUUUCUCGGGCCAAGCCUGGGACCUGGCUAGUCCGGCCAAAGGCCAUGCAAGGCUUCUUCCCUCCCUCCUGUUCAUCACACCGCACGCGCCUCGCCCUCUCCUCGCGCCUUCCCCUUCCCCUCCCCCUUCCCCCCGGCACCUGUCCCUAUCCUCUUUGCGCCAUGCAGCAGCCGCCGCCCAUGAUGAUGAUGGGUCACCCUCCGGCCCCCCUGCCGGCGGUUACCUCGGUGAUCCCCCCCAAUCAGACCAUUUACAUCAACAACCUCAAUGAGCGGAUCAAGAAGGACGAGCUCAAGCGCCAGCUGUACAACCUGUUCAGUUGCUACGGGACCGUUCUUGAUGUGGUCGCCGGGCGCUCGGUCCGCCAGCGCGGCCAGGCGUUCGUGGUUUUCUCCGAGGUUACCUCCGCCACGGAGGCCAUGCGCCAUAUGAAUGGCAUGCCUUUCUUCGGUCAGCCGAUGCGCAUUGCCUUCGCCAAGACCAAGUCCUUCGUGGUUGCCCAGCAGGAUGGCUCGUAUGCCGAGCUCCGCCACCAGCGCGACGAGGAGCAGAAGCGCCGCCGGGAAGAGGGCGACACCCCGCAGGCCAAGCGCGCCAAGAGCGAGUCCUCCGGCCGCUCGGUCUCGGCUCCCUCGGCUGCCCUCACCGCCGAGGACCGCAACCUCCUCCCCUACAAGAUUCUCUUCGUGCAGAACAUCCCGGAGGGUGUCAGCCAGGACGAGCUGGAGAAGCUCUUCAAGCCGUAUCAUGGCUUUGUGGAGGUCCGUGUGGUCCCCUCGCGGCCGGACAUUGCCUUCGUCGAGUACGAGAACGAAAUGUUCUCCACCUCGGCCAUGGAGAAGCUGCAGAACUUUGCCAUCACCCCUUCGCAUAUGAUCAAGAUCACCUACUCCAAGCAGUAAUGGCGCGCGCCGAUGUUUUUUUUUCCUCCUUCCCUCCACUUCGUCCGGUCCUCCCUUCCUUGUGUUCGACGGCUGGCUCUUUUGCUCCGACAAUCGGGCACCAGCCUCCCCCUCCCUCUCGCGCGAAAAUAAAAAACACCUUCCCC